CCCCGCCUCCGGGCACGGCGUCACCACCUCUUCCUCCGCGCUCCUGAGUUUCUAUUUCCCCGGCUUCUCGCCGCGAUCUCCGGCACAGGCAGGAUGGCAUCACCCAUCUCGCAGAAGCUGGAGGAGAAGCUGGUGUGCUCCAUUUGCCUGGAGCUGUUCCAGGUGCCCGUGACCUUGCCCUGCGGCCACAACUUCUGCAAGCGCUGCAUCAGCGACCACUGGGACAAACAGAAGCAGGCGCCCGCCGGGAGCGACGCGAGCUACACCUGCCCCGAGUGCCGCAGGGGCUUCGAGCGGUGCCCGGAGCUGGAGAAGAAUGUCACCCUGUGCAGCGUGGUGGAGCUGGCACGGGACGGUGACGCGGGGGGCUCGGCCACGGGCCGGUGCGAGGUGACCCCCGCCGAGUUGUGCCGGCAGCACGGGCGGCCGCUGGAGCUGUACUGCGAGGACGAGCGGCGCUGCAUCUGCUGCAUCUGCACCGUCCGGGACUGCCAGCGGCACCGGCGGGUGCUCUUCGAGGAGGAACGAGCCAAAAAGCAGACCUUUUUGAAAGAAUCCUUGGAAAAAGCCCAGGAGGAAUCGGAGAGGAUUGAGCUGGCAAUGAAGGAGCUGGAGGUGCAAACACAGAGCAUCAAGGACUGCUCUGAGGAGUUCAUAGCUGGGAUUCGGAGCAAAUUCACCCACCUGAAGAAAGCUCUGGAGGAUUUCCAGGGUCAGACAGUGGCCAGGAUUGAACAAGAGCAGGGGGCGGCACUGGAGCAUGUGGACAAGAACUGGAACCUGUGGAAGGACCGCCUGGAUGUCCUUGGGCAGCACAGGGAGAGGGCUCAGAGCCUGCUGGCCUGCCCUGACCACAGGACCUUCCUCCAGGAAUUCCCCCUGCUCCCCCCUCUGGAGAGCCCAGAGGCGCUGGAGCCCGUGGAGUUUGAUGUGGCUGCUGUGAUCAAGCCCAUCUCUGAGAUCCUCACCAGCAUCUCCAGGCUCCUGCUGGAGGACCUGCCUGCCUCUGUGACCCCCAAAGCCCCAGACUCUGCUGGCCAAGCCAGGAGGAAAGAAGUUUUUGGGUGGAAUUACUCAAAAUGCCUGUUCCCAUCCUCCACAGGCCCAGUGCAUCCCCAGGAGCUGGCAGUGAAGGCUGUGGCUCCUCUCCCCAGGUGCCAGCUCCGAGCUGAGCUUCUGAAGGACCACCGCAACCUGACCUUCGAUCCCGAGACAGCCAACAAGUACCUGAAGCUGUCGAAAGGAGCCCGGAAAGCCAAGCACAGUCCCGGCGCCGUCCACGGGCAGGAGCAGGGCCCCCGCUUCAAGCCCUGGCAGGUGCUGUGCACGCAGAGCUACGGCCCUGGCCACCACUACUGGGAGGUGAACAUCUCCAGCCACUCCAUCAUCCUGGGGGUCACCUACCGGGGGCUCCCCUGGGAGCAGCAGCAGGGCCACAGGUUCAACAUCGGGCUGGACGGGGGCUCGUGGGGGCUGCAGGUGCGGGAGGAUUGUUACCUGGCCUGGCACAAGGGCCAGGCCCAGAAAAUCCGGGAGCAGCUCUAUGAGAACCUGGGGGUCAGCCUGGAUUAUGGCAAGGGGCUCCUCUCCUUCUACGGCCUCGGGGAGAGGACGAAGCUCAUCCACUCCUUCCACGGCAUCUUCACUGAGCCCCUGUACCCUGUGUUUUGGCUGUGUGAGGGGCGAGUGGUGACGCUGUGCCAGAGGGACUCGCAGCAGCCCCCCCGGGCACCGCGAGGAGCGCAGCCCCGGCUGCGGUCCCGGAGAGGCGGAGCGGGCGGGCGGGGCGCGGCUGCCGCCCGCCUCCGCCGGGGCUGGGACCGGGGCCGGGGCCGGUCGGGGCGUUCAGGGAUGGAUGCUGCGCCCGGGAGCGCCCCGCCGUCCUCCGCCGCGGCGUUGCGGCUGGCGCUGGCGGCUCCGGGGCUGCCCGAGGGUCCCCUGGGCUGCCCCAUCUGCCUGGACGUGCUGCGGGACCCGGUGACGGUGCCGUGCGGACACAACUUCUGCCAGAGCUGCUUGCAGGAGCUCCGCCAGCGGCCAGGCCCCCCCGACGGCAGCGGGGCGGGCGGGGCCGCCCGCUGCCCGCUGUGCCAGGAGCCCGUCCCCGCGGCCCUGCGGCUCUGCAAGAACCGCGCCCUGUGCGAGCUCCUGCCGCUGCUGGCGGCCGCCACCGGCGGCUCGUCCCCGUCGUCGCCGGCCGCCCCGUCCCCGAUGGCCCCGGGAGCCGAGGAGGAGGACGCCGCGGGGGAGGAAGGAGCGGCGGUGCUGUGCGAUGUGUGCCCGCCCGGGACCCGCGUGGCGGCGGAGCGGUCGUGCCUGGUGUGCCUGGCGUCCUUCUGCGGGGCGCACCUGGAGCCGCACCGGCGCGCCCCGGCUUUCCGCGCACACCGGCUGGUGGCCCCGCUGCGCCGGCUGGAGGAGGGGCUGUGCCCCCGCCACCUGCAGCCCCUCGACGGCUUCUGCCGCACCGAGCAGAGCUGUGUCUGCGCCCGCUGCCGCGCCCACGAGCAUCGCGCCCACGACGUGGUGCCCCUCGAGCAGGAGCGAGAGCACAAGCAGGCCCAACAAAGCAAAUUCCUCAGCGAUGUGGAGAACGAGCUGGAGGAGCUGGCAGUCACCAUUGCCCAGGCCAAGAAGAUGGUGGAGCUCAUUAAGGGUGCUGCCACAAAGGAGAGGGAAAGGGUGGAGAAGCUCUUUGCAGAGGCCUCUCAGGUGCUGGUGACCUUCCAGAAGGAGGUGAUGGGAUUCAUCGAGGAUGGGGAGCGCUCCAUGCUGGGGGAGGCCGAGGCUGAUCUCCGCUGGAAGGAGGAGAGACGAGCCAAGCUGGCACAGUGCAAGCAAAACCUGGAGAACGUCCCCAGCACUGACACCAUCUACUUCCUCCAGGAAUUUCAGGCCUUGAAAGUAGCCAUGGAAGAAAACCUCUCUCCACCUUUGAGCUUCCAGAAAGAGCUGAACUUCACUAAGUGCACCCAAGCCGUGGGAGCCGUGAAGGAUGUGCUGUCCACUGCCUGCAAAAACCAGUGGAACCACUUGCAGGGGAAAGGAAUUGACGGAUUGAAUUGCCAGGAGAUGGAGGAAGCACUGGCCGAAUCCCGAUUUCCAGACAAGUCAAACAAUCCUGCCUGCCUGGAGAACCGUGAUUAUUUCCUGAAAUUUGCCUUCAUCAUCGACCUGGACAGCGACACAGCCGACAAGUUCAUCCAGCUGUUCGGCACCAAGGGGGCCAAGCGGGUGCUGUGCCCCAUCCCCUACCCGGAGAGCCCCACCCGCUUCAUCAACUGCGAGCAGGUGCUGGGUUUGAACCUCAUGAACAGGGGCAACUACUACUGGGAGGUGGAGCUGAUCGACGGCUGGGUCAGCAUCGGGGUCAUCGCCGAGGACUUCGACCCGCGGGAGGCCUACAACCACGGCCGCCUGGGCAGGAACGACAGGUCCUGCUGCCUGCAGUGGAACGGCCAGAACUACGUGGCCUGGUUCGGUGGCUUCGAGUGCACCGUCCAGCAGCCCUUUUUCCACACCAUCGGCGUCUUCCUGGAGUAUUCAGAAAAGGCUUUAACCUUCUACGGAGUCAAGGACUCCAAAAUGACCUGCCUGCAGCAGCUCAAGGUCUCUCCUUCAGCCAAGGGGAAGCUUGACCCAUUCCAGAACAAGAUCAACCGGCAGUUUGCCUCUCUUUUCUCGUGCAAGCUGAAGCCGGCCUUUUUCCUGGAGAGCGUGGAUGCCCACCUGCAGAUCGGGCCGCUGAAGAAGGAUUGCGUGUCGGUGCUGAAGCGCCGGUGACUGCCGGGGGAGAGGGGCACGGACAGACCCACAAAAGUCUCUCCUCUCCUGCAGGUUAUUGCCACCUCUCUUUGGUAGCCCUGUCUGUCUGUGGCAGCCCUCUCUCCUUUCUGCGCUGUUGGGGACCCAGGGCUGGGUGAAGCCUCCUGAUGGGCAGGGCUGGGGCCAGGAUGGGGCUGGAUCCGAGUGCCAGCUCUGCUGAGUGAGCCUGGGCGAGUCCCUGUGCUGCUCCCUGCCCUCGGCUUCCCUUUCUGGACAUCAGGGACCGUGACAGCCUUUCUUGGUAAAGUGUGCUGCUCCGAAGUGCCACACGGAUUUGGAGCUGUGCCUUGGCCACCUGCCCAGUCCCUCUCCUUUCACCUCUGCUUGCUCUGCCCCGGCAACUUGUACAGAUGCUUUGUGCCUUAUCUCAGGCUCUGUUGCUGAUGCUUUUUUUAAGUGCUGCCUCACUGACACUUUCUGCAUGCUCCUCACAAAGUGCCUUUGAUGGAGCAAGCCCUGGGUGGACCAGGUGAACCCCCAAGGCAGACGUGGUCGCUUCCCUAGUGCCACAUCGCUGCUGUGCCCUGGCAUGGGAGAGAUGGUGCUCUGGGGAGAGGGACGUGGAGGAGCCUGGCUGGGUGCUGGGGUGUUGCUGGGGUGAUGCAGCACCUCUCCUUGCAGGGCUGCCCACCCAUUAGUGCUGCAAAUGUGAAACAAGGAUCUCUGCCCAGCUGUGAAAGGGAGAAACCUCCUGUCGAGAAGCAGCACCACUGAACUGAAAAUCUGCCCCUUAGCUUAGAGAUUUUUAAGUGACAGAGGUGCUGUGAAUAUGUCCCAGAGAUAAAUGGUCUGGUUCUAGGGACAGCCGUGAGUGCCUCGAUAAAGGUGCAGCAUCAGUCAGCUACUAAAUGACCCUUUAGACUCUGGGAAUAAGUAACAAUUAACAAAAACUACUCUCAAGCGAGAGGGAACACUGUUUCCUUCAGGAAAGGUGGAAACUCGAGGCUGAGAGGCAAAACUGCCAGUUCACAUGUCCCGAGGGAGCUUUUUCAGAAGGAAAACACAGAAAUACUGCCUGUGAGGUCGGCACAGAGCAGCCCCUGUCUCAGCACAGCGUGCCUUUCCACAAGUUUAUUUUUUCUGGGGUCAUUUUGCUACCUACCUCCCAAAGCUUGCUUUACAGAACCGUGGUGCUGUGUAAUGUACACCUGGAGAGAAAAUACAGAGGGUCAGGUCCUUCACUGGCAGGAGUGAGUCAGGGAUGAUGCAACAACCAUCAACGAGGAUAAUAAACAGCCCAUUUAGCUAAAUAUAUGAGAUAUAUAUAUAUAUAUUUUUCCCCCAACGGAUAAGCUGGAAAUCAUAGUGCUGUAUUCAAGUGGAGCCAAGGGAAAAAUGUGAACAUGAGUCAAAGGCACGCACAAAGCCGGGAGGUUUGAAGUUAAAGCCACGUUUACAUGCUGAGGCUCAAAGAGCUCCUUUACUGUGACUCCUUCGCCAGUGCUGCCAAUUUCUGCUGGUGCAGAAAGAGCUGCCAGUGCCCUGAAAAUUAGGAUAUUUGACUGGAUGAAGGGUCUGAACGCAGCCACCCCUUCUUCGGGGCAAGGCUGGUGAGUGAGUUUGGGAAGGGACUUGCUGGCAUCUGUCUGCAAAUUUCUUCUCUUCCUCCUCCUUCUCCUCCUCCUCCCCUGCACGAGGUGACUCCUAAACUGCUGCGAGCAGUGGGAAAAGGAGCAGUAGGGCUUCCAGAGUGAAAUCUUCAGCUGAAAUCUUGGCCUUUCCUGGCUGGUGGGAAUGCUGCCCAGACUUCUGUCCGGAUGGGAAUUCAUUCCCUGCAUCCUGAGCUCCAAACCCUCUUUGUUUGGCUGGCGCCAGCGGCCCCUGCAGAGCUCAGCCCUUGCACGAGAUGUCAGCAGUGACAGAGAGCAGGCGUCGCUGCUGCUCUGUGCACACGGGGGGAAUGUGGUGUCAGGAAUUCCUGAUGGAAUGAGAAAGUUAGAGCUGUGCCACAGCCCGUGCGUGGUCACAUCCUGGGAGGACGAGGAAGGGAAGGAACCUUCAUCUCUGCAGGAAGAGCUCUCCCAUGUGGGCCCACAUCUGCGCCCUAAAUCUCAUUUAUUCAGGCUAAAUUCCCACAGUUUGCAGCAAGGAGUUUUGCCAGAGUAAACACAGCAGAUCUGGGUCUUUGCCCUGUUUCAUUUCGCCGUGGGCAGAUUGAUUGCUCCAAGGGGAAACCCGCGCUGGAGAGCACGCGUCCCACCCUUCUCCACUUUCCCAAUGCACAGACACAAACCUCUGACCUCCUUCAGGGCGUGGGAGGCUCACAGGGAUCCUCUCUUUCCACCCUGCCACCACGUGGGAGCAGCUCAGGAGGCCGCUGGGGUGUCUGGGCAUGGUGUGUGGUUGUGCCACUGCUUUGGGUGGAUUCGUGGAUGCAGCUCCACGGAGCAUUUGAGGGGCUCCUGUGGAUGUGCCACAGUUGGGGAGCGCUGCCCAGCCCUCUUUUUGCUGCUGCUUGCUUUUAUCCUGGUUGGGAGUGCUAAAACCCCUCCUGGUUUAGGGAUGUUUGACAAUAGGAGCAAUCCCCUUGGGUGCUGGGUCAGUGGUUGCUCUGUGCUGCCAGUUAUUUGGGCUGUAAACUGGAACAAUCAGGGAACGUGCACUGUGCCAGCUCUGGAUCCCCAAUUUUGCUGUAAACAAAGGGUUAAAUGCGGGGUGAGAUGAGAUGAAUCGAUAGCACUUGGUAAUUUAAACAACCUUUUCUUGUUGCCUUGGGUUAUUUCUGCUGUCACAGAGUGUUCCUCUUUUUAAUUAGGAGUUUUUAAAUACAGUAACUGUAGGGUGUUUUACAAUGUGUGAAAAAACUGUAACAGAAUAAUAUAAUGGUGUUAGAGAUUAUGAUUUGACCAUUAAAUAUGAUACAGUCA